AUGAUACGGAAUGGAAUGCUCUUCACCCUGCUGCCUGCUGCCUUCACCCUGCUGCCUGCUGCCUUCACCCUGCUGCCUGCUGCCUUCACCCUGCUGCCUGCUGCCUUCACCCUGCUGCCUGCUGCCUUCACCCUGCUGCCUGCUGCCUUCACCCUGCUGCCUGCUGCCUUCACCCUGCUGCCUGCUGCCUUCACCCUGCUGCCUGCUGCCUUCACCCUGCUGCCUGCUGCCUUCACCCUGCUGCCUGCUGCCUUCACCCUGCUGCCUGCUGCCUUCACCCUGCUGCCUGCUGCCUUCACCCUGCUGCCUGCUGCCUUCACCCUGCUGCCUGCUGCCUUCACCCUGCUGCCUGCUGCCUUCACCCUGCUGCCUGCUGCCUUCACCCUGCUGCCUGCUGCCUUCACCCUGCUGCCUGCUGCCUUCACCCUGCUGCCUGCUGCCUGCCUGCCUCCUGCUGCCUGGCGCGCAGAUAGUGCAGCGGCUGGUGAGACGGUGAGGCCACACAUGUGCUCUCUCCUGACCUGUUUCUCACCCAUGCUCUUCUCCUCUCUCUUCUCUUCCAAACCAACAAUCCCCCGCACUCCCUUCCUCCCCGCAGGUGCGCGAGAUAGUGCAGCGGCUGCGCCUGUUCACACACUCACAUCCGCAAGAACGAGUGACUGGAGCCACUCGAACCUGAUUUCCGACACGUCAGCGAACGGCGAUUCCAGCGAUGACAAGGAUUACAGCGAUGCUGACGAGGACGAGCGCAGCGUCUUCGGCGGCAAAUCACGCGCCGCCCAGUCAAGCGUCUUGCCAGGACACGCUCUCUUCCAUCUGCACGAGCGGAUCACGGAGGCAGGUGGCGACAUGCCAUAG